UGUUCUACUGCUAUCUUUUGUAUUACGCCGACCCUAUUCAAAAUGGCUGCAUUUAUGAGAGCAUGCCUUUGCCGGUGUAUUAUUUCUAGGCCUCAAGUGACAAACUUGAGUGUUUCUAGACAUGUAAAAUGUAUCGAAAGUGUGUUUUUACAACGCAUUCUAUCAAGACCAUGUUCUUAUAUUACAAACUACGGAGACGAUGCUGAACAAGUGUACAGAACGAAGGUGGCAGCCCAUGAGGAUUCAGAAUUACAAAAACGUGUUGCAGGUGUUUUUAUCGGCAAGGGAGGAAGCAACAUUAAAAAGCUAAAUUUGGAGUGCAAAAUUGAUGUCAUUGAUGGUGAUAUAUGGGUAUCUGGCAGGGAUGCUGAGGGUGUGCAGAAAACAGUGGAAAGAGUAACAACAGAGGUCCAAAGGAUCAAGGACAGCAUUUUACUCAUCCAAGAAAAGGUGUCGACCCACGAGAAUGACGAUACUCAUUUAAAGAUUUGUAAACAAAUCAUUGGAAAACAAGGAGGGAACAUUAAAAAGAUACUAUCAGAGUUGGGGCAAGAUGUUGAAGUGCAAGUCCGGAAGAAUAAAUUAAAUAACCAUAUACUUGUCUCGGGGACUGAUGUCGAAAUGGUGGACAGAGUAGUAGAAAAAGUACAACAGGAGGUCCAAAGAAUUAGGAAUGAAGUUAAACUACCCUUUAAUGAAAAGGUGUUGACAGAUGAGAAUAUUCUGGUACAUCAAAAAGUUUGUGCCAUGAUCAUUGGAAAAGGAGGAGAGAACUUGAACAGGAUACGCUCGGAGACCGGGCUCGAGUUUAGUUUGGACACAUGUGAUGGGUAUUUACUUGUCUCUGGAUCUGAUGCUGAAAUGGUAACAAGAGCAGCAGAAAAAGUACAACAGGAGGUCCGUAGAUUUCAGAAUGAAGUUAUACUACUUUUUUCUGAAAAAGUAUUGACAGAUGAGAAUGAGAAUGUGCAUAGCCAAAUUUGUGCCAUGAUCAUUGGAAAAGGAGGAGAGAACUUGAACAGGAUACGCUUGGAGUCGGGGCUCAAUUUUGAUAUGAAAACUUGUGAUGGGCAUAUAAUAAUCUCGGGGUCUGAUGCUGAAGGGGUGAAGAUAGCAACAGAAAAAUUGCAGCACGAGAUCAAAAGAAUUAGGAAUGGACUAAAACUACCCUUUUCUGAAAAGGUGUUGACAGAUGAGAAUGAGAAUGUUCAUAGUCAAAUUUGUGCCAUGAUCAUUGGAAAAGGAGGAGAGAACUUGAACAGGAUACGCUCGGAGACCGGGCUUGAGUUUAGUUUGGAAACAUGUGAUGGCCAUUUACUUGUCUCUGGAUCUGAUGCUGAAAUGGUAACAAGAGCAGCAGAAAAAAUACAACAGGAGGUCCGUAGAUUUCAGAAUGAAGUUAUGCUACUUUUGUCUGAAAAAGUAUUGACAGAUGAGAAUAUUCUGGUACAUCGUAAAAUUUGUGCCAUGAUCAUUGGAAAAGGAGGAGAGAAUAUUAACAGACUAAUAUUGGAGACAGGGUUGGCUUUCCGAGUGGAAACAUUGAAACAAGACGCUGGCCAUGUACUUGUUCGUGGGACAGAUGUUGAAGUGGUGAAGAGUGCAGCAGAAAAAGUAAAACAAGAAGUUCAAAGAAUUAAAAAUGAAGUUGUGCUUCCCUUUUCUGAAAAGGUGAUGAUAAAUGAGGAUAAGGAGAUGCUAAGCAGGAUUUGUGGCAUGCUAAUUGGAAAAGGAGGAGAGAAAAUUGAAAGAUUCAAAUCAGAGACAGAGCUGGAUUUUGAAUUGCUUUGCCCCUCGAAAGAUGAAGAAGCUGACUUUCUUCUUGUGUCAGGAACUGAUGCUGAAGUGGUGAAGGAAGCAGCAGGAAAAAUACAACAGGAGGUCCAAAGAAUUAAAAAUGAAGUUGUGCUUCCCUUUUCUGAAAAGGUGAUGAUAAAUGAGGAUAAAGAGAUGCUAAGCAGGAUUUGUGGCAUGUUAAUUGGAAAAGGAGGAGAGAAAAUUGAAAGAUUCAAAUCAGAGACAGAGCUGGAUUUUGAAUUGCUUUGCCCCUCGAAAGAUGAAGAAGCUGACUUUCUUCUUGUGUCAGGAACUGAUGCUGAAGUGGUGAAGGAAGCAGCAGGAAAAGUACAACAGGAGGUCAAAAGAAUCAAGGAUUUUCUAAAUAGAAACGUGUAAAAUGACCUUUUCAAUAUAAAUGAACAUAUAAGGGCUGUAUUUUAGAUUGACCUUCCCAGGAGCUACCCUAUAUCGUUUCGGGGACUGAAGCUGAAGAAGUGAAGACAGCUGUGAGAACAAUUUGAACAGAAAGCCCAAUGAUUAAAUAUUGAGACUCUUUGAUAAGUCUAUUUAGACAGAUGAAAUUUUAAGAUUAAAAAUUUGGUUUUCUCCUGAUUUUAAGUAUACAAUUACCUAAGGAUUGGCUGCAUUAAUGGGCUUUGUCUGUCGUGCAUCAUUCUGUGUUAAAUAAUUAUUUGUAUUGCCAUUUCUUAAGAAUAAUUUGACAGAUCUGUCCGAAGGUCCUUAUAAUUAGUUUCUCAUGUUUAAUUAGGUCACCUGGUUCGUCCAUAAACAAUUCACAUUUGAGAUUCUUGUUCUCUAAAACAACUGAACUUAAAAACCUUGAAUUAAAAUCUUGCAGGAAG